CUUUAAUGGUGUCACGUGACGCCUGCCACGGAAAACCCGGAAGUGAGAGCUGAAGGGCUUGUGGUGGUCGGAUAAAGAAAAUCAAGUGUCCACCAUGACAGCCAUCAAACACGCCCUCCAGAGGGACAUCUUCACGCCCAAYGACGAGCGUCUCCUCAGCAUCGUUAACGUGUGCAAGGCAGGGAAGAAGAAGAAGAACUGCUUCCUGUGUGCUACAGUGACCACAGAGAGGCCCGUCCAGGUCAAAGUGGUGAAGGUCAAAAAGUCGGACAAAGGGGAUUUCUAUAAGAGGCAACAGACCUGGGAGCUCAGAGAUCUGACUGUGGUCGAUGCCAAAGAUGCCAGCAAGGAGAAUCCUGAGUUUGACCUUCAUUUUGAGAAGGUUUACCGCUGGUUGGCCAGCAGCACGGCUGAGAAGAACUCCUUCAUCUCCUACAUCUGGAAGCUGAACCAGCGCUAUCUGAGGAAGAAGCUGGAGUUUGUCAACGUCAGUCCUCAGCUGUUUGAAGAACUUCCUAAAGCGGAAGAGUCCGUGCCGAGCGGUGAGAGCCAAAGCGUCGCAGGAGGUGACGAGGAUGCCCUGGAUGACUACCAGGAGCUCAGCACUCGUGAGAAGCAGGACAUCGAGAGCAUGAUGGAGAUGUGCGAGUAUGCCGUCUCAAAUGCCGAAGCUUUCGCCGAGAAGCUCUUCAAGGAGCUGCACGUCUUAGAUGGGGCCAACAUUCAGUCCAUCAUGGCGUCAGAGAAGCAGGUCAAUAUACUGAUGCAGCUGCUGGAUGAGGCUCUGUCAGAGGUGGACACCAUCGAGGGGAAGCUGAGCAGCUAUGAGGAAAUGCUCCAGAGUGUCAAGGACCAGAUGGACCAGAUCUCCCAAAGCAACCAUCUCAUCCAGAUAAGCAACACCAACAACAGCAAACUGCUGGAUGAGAUCCAGUUCUUAGUGAACUACAUGGACUUGUCAAAAGGACACAUCAGGGCCCUGCAGGAGGGAGACCUGACCUCUCCUAAAGGAAUCGAGGCCUGCAUCAACGCCUCGGAGGCUCUGCUGCAGUGUAUGAACGUGGCUCUGCGCCCAGGCCACGACAAGCUGAAAGCUGUGAUUCAGCAGCAGCUCCUGUUUUGUGAGCUGAGGGAUACGUUCGCCCGCCGCCUCACCAAUCACCUGAACAACGUGUUUGUUCACCAGGGCCACGACCAGAGCUCCACCUUGUCCCAGCACACAGCUGAGCUGACCCUGCCCAAACACAGCCCCCUCCACCGGGACCUGCUGCGCUACGCCAAGCUGAUGGAGUGGCUGAAGAACACCCACAGAGAGAAGUACGAAGGCCUGUCCAUGACCUAUGCUGACUAUAUGAGCAGACUAUAUGAGCGAGAAAUCAAAGACUUCUUUGAGGUUGCCAAGAUAAAAAUGGCGGGAACAUCCAAAGAAGCAAAGGGAAAGUUUGCUACGCUUCCACGGAAAGAGAGUGCUCUCAAACAGGAAACAGAAAGCCUGCACGGCAGCUCCGGGAAGCUUACAGGCUCCACUUCCAGCCUGAACAAGCUGACAGUGCAGGGCUCCAACAGCCGCCGCUCCCAGUCGUCCUCCCUGCUGGACAUGGGCAACAUGUCUGCUUCUGACCUGGACGUAGCAGACAGGACCAAGUUUGACAAGAUAUUUGAACAGGUCCUCAGUGAGCUGGAGCCUCUGUGUCUGGCAGAACAAGACUUCAUCAGCAAGUUUUUUAAGCUGCAGCAGCACCAAACUGUUCUGCCCCCUCUUGCACAGCCGGAAACAGAGGAGUUUGAUGGAAACGCACCAUCAAGAACCCUUACCCAGGCAGAUCACAGACACUCCUUGUCUUUAGAAAAAGGCAUGGUGCGACUAAUGAAUAAAAUCUUCCAGAGCAUCGAGCCAGAGCUCAACAGCCUGAUUGCUUUAGGUGACAAGAUCGACAGCUUCCACUCUCUGUACAUGCUGGUGAAGAUGAGUCAUCAUGUGUGGACAGCUGAAAACGUCGACCCGACUUCUUUCCUCAGCACCACUCUGGGAAAUGUGCUGGUCAACGUGAAAAGGAACUUUGAUAAGUGUAUUCAUUUCUUCGAGGGCGUUGAGGCACGUGUAGCUCAGGGCGUGCGUGAGGAGGAGGUGAGCUACCAGCUCGCCUUCAACAAACAAGAGCUGCGCAAAGUUAUUAAAGAGUAUCCUGGCAAAGAGGUGAAGAAGGGGCUGGACAACCUUUACAAGAAGGUGGACAAACAUCUGUGUGAGGAAGAAAGUUUGCUCCAGGUGGUGUGGCACUCCAUGCAGGAYGAGUUUAUCCGGCAGUACAAGCACUUUGAAGGUCUGAUAGGCCGAUGUUAUCCUGGAUCUGGAAUUACUAUGGAGUUCACCAUCCAGGACAUGUUGGAAUAUUUCUCCAGCAUCGCUCAAUCUCAUUAGUUUCAUCUUUUACUGCUGCUGCACACUGACUGAGGAUUUAUUAUCCACCAUAUAAUGCUGAUGAAGUUGGAACAUUUCAUGUGUGUGACUCUGUUUUGAUCAAUUGAAUUGUAUAUUUAACUGCUGUCUCCUUGAUUCUGCGUUCAACAACUCUUCUCCACAUUCUUCAUGGUUUGUUGUGUUUUUGCUAACCCUUAAUGCCAAAUGUAUAUAAUAAAUUUACAGUAGAAGCAUCA